CGUCAUAAGCCUUCGCACGAACACGCGCCGCUGUGUUGCUUCGUGACCGAGUGUGCAUAUGUGGGAGUGGGACUGACACGAAGAGACGGAGAUUGGAAUUUUUGACAAGGGUUUGGCGGCUUGUGAUCAUGGAGCCCCUUUUGCCUGCGGGGAUCGACACGACGAGAGUGGAACGAGAGCCUGAGGACAGCGAUGCCAAGAGGAAGAUCCAAUUCUCGGUGCCUUCGGCGGUGCCCAUCCAGCUGGACCCGCGACAAGUGGAAAUGAUUCGACGUCGGAGGCCCACUCCCGCCACCCUCUUCCGACUGACGGACCCACCGUCACCUGAAGAUGACACUGGGUCUCAUCAGUGGUCAGUCGGAGAAAACGGGGUCCUGAAGGCAAAUGCUGUCAACAAGAUGCCAAGCACCUACCAGCCGCCCUCGCUUAAAGCUGUGCAGAGAAUGGCCCAAGCGCACCUAUCUUCCAUCGACAUGAGCUCUGUGGACCAGGACGAGCCACCUUCCAGAGAGGAAGAGGACAAUGUAAAGAGCACGCAGCUGGACUCAGAUGCUGGAACGCAAAACAAAGCGCAGAGGGAUCUGUCACUGUUAGGACCCACAGAAGAGGCCGAUGUUGGAGACAAAGUAGAACGUCGGAAGAUCUCUUUUGCAUAAAAGCAUGGACGGGAGGUUUGUGUGCAUGCAUACUUGUAAAUGUCCUGUAAAUACAGUAUGUGCAAGAACAUCUCAGUCGGUGCCACAAAGUGGUGUUUAAAAGAACCCACGAUAAUGUAACCAGACAUUCUUGUCCAUUUUGGUGGUACAAGUGAUGGUUUGCCUAUUAGGCUUUUGAUGUGCUUCUCCUGUAUAGUAUAGUAGCAUUAAAAAUAUGCUUUGUGAUGGUUGCUAAUAAAACCUCCGUAAUGGAUUUUGAA